AUGAUUCGGCAAGUGCAUCCUACGCCCGAUGUGGCUAAGGGCGUUAAGUACUGGGAGGGUGUUCCUGCAACUGUCGAUGGAGUAUUGGGCGGCUAUGGUAAUGGUACAUUGCCUCGCGUUGACGCUCUAGGUUCGCGAAUGUUCCUUAUGCGAACGUUGCCCUACCUGAGCGCAACGCCCUCACCAGCCUACAAUGGGUCGCCUCAGUCCUGGCUGGAGAUUCGACUUCAACAACGCGGUGGAAAAGGGAAGACAGUGACACGUGCACUUGAUUGUGGUGCGGGGGUAGGUCGUGUGACAGCGGAUGUCCUAUUACCGCUGGUCGAUGAGGUGCAUCUGGUGGAACCUGUCGCCAAAUUUCUGCACGAGGCGAAACGACGCUCAACGAGUUGGUUGCCCAUGCGAAACACGGAAGCAAACUCUCCUUUCCACGCACAAAAAGCCGUCCAUUUCCAUAUCUCUACUCUACAGGACUUUAAUGUCGCUGAUCCAACCUCAAAUCCGGCUUAUUCGGAUUCGAUUCCCCCUACAUACAUGGAAAAACCGACUCCUCUUCCUCUUGCGCCACUAUUGUAUGAUAUUAUACUGUGCCAGUGGUGCUUGCAACAUCUGUCUGAAAAAGACCUCGUGUCCUUCUUACGAGCCUCUCAAAAAGUGCUUCGUCCACCUCUUCCUGCCGAAGAUGAGUCCAUGGCAUGGAAUGGCGGUAUUAUUUUUGUAAAGGAGAAUGUAUGCCGUGAUCCAGAGGACGGCACUGAAGCUAGUUGGUAUGACGACGAGGACUACUCGGUGACCCGAUCGAGGCGUAUAUAUGAGCGUCUAUUUCAUGAAGCAGGUCUUACGGUCGUACGGUCCGAGGUGCAACUAGGGUUUCCGCCCGAGCUGUUUGAAGUGCACAUGUGCGUACAAUCCAUUGACACCAGGUGGGCAUUGCGCUAG